AUGCACAAAAAUGGUUAUGCAAUUGAAAAACUGCUUAAACGUAAAUUAUGCCGUGAAGAAUAUGAUCGCUUAUUAUUUUGGUCUAGUUCAAUAUGUCAUUUGGGUACAGAGAAACCAGAAUUUAAAUAUCUUAUCAUUGGUGAAGAAUGGUUGUAUACUAUGACUCAUCCAAAACGACAACUUGAAAGUAGAAUACACUUCAGUGUAUGCGCUAAUUUCUGUGCUUUCCUUUAA